AUGAGCUCCCAGGUCUUUUGGAAAACCCCCACCGUGCUUGAAAGUAUCGGAGAGCAGCCAGAAGACGACGAAAGCAGUAUAGAUAUUGAGUCCACUGAUGGCGAGACUGAAUCGGAUUACUCAGCGACAAAGUCGGAUGAAGAAUUUGUGGUUUCAGACUACUUGGAGCAUGGUCAGGAUGACGAUGAAUCGGAGUAUGAGCCACCAGACGUGGAAACGGACGAGUUGUCGGAGAGCGCUGACGAAAAUGAGGUGGACAAUAUUGAAACCGAGAUACUGAAUAAACGAAUCGUUUACCGACAAAGGGGCCCAGCUACUCAAUAUAAGGUGAAGUUCUGGGUGGACGAAGAAAAAAUUCCUUUUUUGUGCGAGUAUAUGCGCGCAUGCCAGGAAAGUGAUUAUCACGUUGGCUGUGCUGGUCACUGA